AUGUGGGCUACUCAACGCGCUGCCACAUUGGCCGUUGCGGGCAUCGGCGUAGCGCUCGCCAUCUUGUCGUGCUGCUACAUGGCCGACAAUUACCUCGUCAUCUCGCAUCCCACCCUCUGCACCGGCGUGUCGAACGCCACUCUCUGCUCCGAAGAGUUCCGCGCUGCGCGCCGGCAGCUCAGCGUCCUCCCGCAGACCACGGACACAGUCACAGCCGCCAUGGUCUCCGCGGUGGCGGCGCAAGUCUCCGCGAUCAUCGAUGCCGCCGCGGAGAUCAAGCGCGCCAAUGUCCGCGGAAACCACUUCAUAAACGUCGUCGCGGACGACUGCGGCACGCAGGGCGGCAUCGCGCUGCGGUACCUGGGCCGCACGCUGGACGCGAUCGACACGGACAGCGCGCAGCACGAUCGCGCGUUCUGGCUGUCCGCCGCCAGCACGCAAGUCGGCAACUGCGUCGACGGCUUCAAGACGCUCGCACCCUCUGCCACAUUCCAGCCCGCAUUCGUGCAUCUCGAGACCGUCGCCAAUAAGGCGAGCGACACGCUGGAAGCCGUGGUCGCCAUCGCCAAGAAGGCUGCAGCCGGCCCUCCCGAGCUCGGUCGCAAGCUCGCGUCGUCCGAGCCCGCUGACGUCGCACGAGGCGCCAAGUGGCUGGACGACGACUUUGUCGCACAGCUGCGACAGCUUCAGGCGGAGUUGAACGCCCUCGGCGACGGUCCCAUUCGCGCGAGCAAGGGAUUGAAGGCCAACGCCGUCGUGAAGGGCAAGAUCCAAUCCGCCGUUGACGCCGCUCCAGGCGGUAGCCAAUACGUGAUCUACAUCCCCGCCGGCACGUACCGCGAGCAAGUCGUUAUAGACACCCCCGAUAUUAUUCUCAUCGGGGCCGGCGCCGGCGCUACAGUGAUCACGUACGACGAGAGCUACGGCAGCGGGUCGAGCACGUUCGAUUCGGCGACGGUCGGUGUGAACAGCGACCGUUUUGUCGCAUUCGGAAUCAAAUUCGUGAACACUGCCGGCCCGGAGAACCACCAGGCUGUAGCGUUCCGCGCUACAGGCGACCAGUCGGCGGCGAUCGACUGCGCGUUCGAAGGGUCGCAAGAUACGCUGUACGUGGACGCGGGGCGGCAGUUCUACUCCAACUGCUACAUCGGCGGCACGCAGGACUUCAUAUUCGGCGACGCGGCCGCCGUCAUCCAGAACGCCAAGAUCCAGCUGCAUCCCAGCAAGUCGUUCAUCACCCUCACCGCGUCGGGCCGCGCCAAGGACACGCCGACGGGGAUCGUGAUUCGCGACUCGGUGGUGAGCGCCGACAAGGGCGCGGCGAAGGCGUACCUGGGGCGGCCGUGGAAGAAGUGCGCGUUCACGGUCUUCGUGAACGUCGUGCUGCCGGCCGUUAUCCAGCCCGACGGGUGGCUGUCGUGGAACGAGGGCAGCUGCAUGUUCCUGGCGGAGGCCGGCAGCAAGGGCCCGGGCGCCAAGGGGGCGCGCGCCGACUGGGUGGACCCUGGGAUCAUCUCCAACGGAGCCUCCUACACCGCCGCUGCCUUCGCUGAAUCAUAUUCCCUCACAUCCUCAUCCCUUCCAGUCAUAUCCCCUCACAUGCUCAUCCCUUCCAGUCAUAUUCCCUCACAUGCUCAUCCCUUCCAGUCACAUUCCCUCACAUACUCAUCCCUUCCAGUCAUAUUGCCUAACAUACUCAUCCCUUCUAUUCAUAUCCCCUCACAUACUCAUCCCUUCCAGUCACAUUCCCUCACAUACUCAUCCCUUCCAGUCAUAUUCCCUCACAUACUCAUCCCUUCAAGUCAUAUUCCCUCACAUGCUCAUCCCUUCCAGUCAUAUUCCCUCACUUACGCAUCCCUUUUAGUAAUAUCCCCUCACAUACUCAUCCCUUACAGUCACAUUCCCUCCCAUACUCAUCCCUUGCAGUCACAUUCCCUCACAUGCUCAUCCCCUCCAGUCAUAUUCCCUCACAUCCUCAUCCCUUCCAGUCAUAUCCCCUCACAUACUCAUCCCUUCCAGUCAUAUUCCCUCACAUACUCAUCCCUUCCAGUCAUAUUCCCUCACAUACUGAUCCCUUCCAUCAUAUUCCCUCACAUACUCAUCCCUUCCGACAUUCCCUCACAUACUCAUCCCUUCCAGUCACAUUCCCUCACAUACUCAUCCCUUCCAGUCAUAUUCCCUCACAUGCUCAUCCCUUCCAGUCAUAUUCCCUCACAUACUCAUCCCUUCCAGUCAUAUUCCCCCACAUGCUCAUCCCUUCCAGUCAUAUUCCCUCACAUGCUCAUCCUUUAUAGUCAUAUUUCCUCACAUACUAAUCCCUUGCAGUCAUUUUCCCUCACAUACUCAUCCCUUCCAGUCAUAUCCCCUCACAUACGCAUCCCUUUUAGUCAUAUCCCCUCACAUACUCAUCCCUUACAGUCACAUUCCAUCCCUUACUCAUCCCUUGCAGUCACAUUCCCUCACAUGCUCAUCCCCUCCAGUCAUAUUCCCUCACAUCCUCAUCCCUUUCAGUCAGAUCCCCUCAGAUACUCAUCCCUUCCAGUCAUAUUCCCUCACAUGCUCAUCCUUUAUAGUCAUAUUCCCUCCCAUACUAAUCCCUUGCAGUCAUAUUCCCUAACAUAUUCAUCCCUUCCAGUCAUAUUCCCUCACAUACGCAUCCCUUUUAGUCAUAUCCCCUCACAUACUCAUCCCUUGCAGUCACAUUCCCUCCCAUACUCAUCCCUCGCAGUCACAUUCCCUCACAUGCUCAUCCCCUCCAGUCAUAUUCCCUCACAUCCUCAUCCCUUCCAGUCAUAUCCCCUCACAUACUCAUCCCUUCCAGUCAUAUUCCCUCACAUACUCAUCCCUUCCAGUCAUAUUGCCUCACAUACUCAUCCCUUCCAGUCAUAUUGCCUAACAUACGCAUCCCUUCUAUUCAUAUCCCCUCACAUACUCAUCCCUUCCAGUAACAUUCCCUCACAUACUCAUCCCUUCCAGUCAUAUUCCCUCACAUGCUCAUCCCUUGCAGUCACAUUCCCUCACAUACUCAUCCCCUCCAGUCAUAUUCCCUCACAUCCUCAUCCCUUCCAGUCAUAUUGCCUCACAUACUCAUCCCUUCCAGUCAUGUUGCCUGACAUACUCAUCCCUUCUAUUCAUAUCCCCUCACAUACUCAUCCCUUCCAGUCACAUUCCCUCACAUACUCAUCCCUUCCAGUCUCAUAUUCCCUCACAUACGCAUCCCUUUUAGUCAUAUCCCCUCACAUACUCAUCCCUUGCAGUCACAUUCCCUCACAUACUCAUCCCUUGCAGUCACAUUCCCUCACAUACUCAUCCCCUCCAGUCAUAUUCCCUCACAUCCUCAUCCCUUCCAGUCAUAUCCCCUCACAUACUUAUCCCUUCCAGUCAUAUUGCCUCACAUACUCAUCCCUUCCAGUCAUAUUGCCUAACAUACGCAUCCCUUCUAUUCAUAUCCCCUCACAUACUCAUCCCUUACAGUCACAUUCCCUCCCAUACUCAUCCCUUGCAGUCACAUUCCCUCACGUGCUCAUCCCCUCCAGUCAUAUUUCCUCACAUCCUCAUCCCUUCCAGUCAUAUCCCCUCACAUACUCAUCCCUUCCAGUCAUAUUCCCUCACAUUCUCAUCCCUUCCAGUCAUAUUCCCUCACAUGCUCAUCCCUUCCAGUCAUAUUCCCUCACAUACUCAUCCCUUCCAGUCAUAUUCCCUCACUUAUGCAUCCCUUUUAGUCAUAUCCCCUCACAUACUCAUCCCUUACAGUCACAUUCCCUCCAAUACUCAUCCCUUGCAGUCACAUUCCCUCAUAUGCUCAUCCCCUCCAGUCAUAUUCCCUCACAUCCUAAUCCCUUCCAGUCAUACCCCCUCACAUACUCAUCCCUUCCAGUCAUAUUCCCUCACAUGCUCAUCCCUUCCAUCAUAUUCCCUCACAUGCUCAUCCCUUCCAGUCAUAUUCCCUCACAUACUCAUCCCUUCCAGUCAUAUUCCCUCACAUCCUCAUCCCUUCCAGUAAUAUUCCCGCACAUACUCAUCCCUUCCAGUCAUAUUCCCUCACAUCCUCAUCCCUUCCAGUCAUAUUCCCUCACUUACUCAUCCCUUCCAGUCAAAUUCCUCCACAUGCUCAUCCCUUCCAGUCAUAUUCCUUCACAUGCUCAUCCCUUCCAGUCAUAUUCCUUCACAUGCUCAUCCCGUCCAGUCAUAUUCCCUUACAUGCUCAUCCCUUCGAGUCAUUUUCCCUUACAUGCUCAUCCCUUCCAGUCAUAUUCCCUCACUUACUCAUCCCUUCCAGUCAUAUUCCCUCACAUACUCAUCCCUUGCAGUCAUAUUCCUUCACACACUCAUCCCUUCCAGUCAUAUUCCCCCACGUCCUCAUCCCUUCCAGUCAUAUUGCCUAACAUACUCAUCCCUUCCAGUCAUAUCCCCUCACAUUUUCAUCCCUUCCAGUCAUAUCCCCUCACAUGCUCAUCCCUUUCAGUCAUAUUCCCUCACAUGCUCAUCCCUUCCAGUCAUAUUCCCUCACAUACUCAUCCCUUCCAGUCAUAUUCUCUCACAUGCUCAUCCCUUCCAGUCAAAUUCCCUCACAUACUCAUCCCUUCCAGUCAUAUUCCCUCACAUGCUCAUCCCUUCCAGGCAUAUUCCCUCACAUGCUCAUCCCUUGCAGUCAUAUUCCCUCACAUACUCAUCCCUUCGAGUCAUAUUCCCUCACACACCCAACCCUGCCAGUCAUAUUCCCUCACAUACUCAUCCCUUCCAGUCAUUCCCUCACAUACUCAUCCCUUGCAGUCAUAUUCCCUCACAUACUCAUCCCUUCCACUCACAUUCCCUCACAUACUCAUCCCUUGCCACUCACAUUCCCUCACAUACUCAUCCCUUCCACUCACAUUCCCUCACAUACUCAUCCCUUCCCGUCCAACUGCGUCACAUGCUCAUCCAUAA